CUUCCCCGCCGCCGCCACUGGGAGCGCGGCCCCUUUAAGAGCCCGGCUUUGCCUCCCGGUAGCUGAAGGUCAUUAAAACACAAAAGCGCUCCAGCGCUGCGGUCCAAUAUAGCGCAUGCGCCCUGCCCGAGGACUGGCAGGGAGACGGCAAUAUGGCGAGAAUGCCUGGCAGCGGCGGCGGCGGCGGAGAGUGGAGCGGCGGCGGCGGAGGGGGCGGCGGGCGCGGCGGAGGCGGCGGGAACAAUGCGGGGGACCGGCCGUCCGGCCGCGGCGUCGCCCCCCGCCCGCACCGCUACUGCAGCGCCGGCGAGGAGGAGGAGGGCGAGGAGGAGGAUGAGAUCCAGGAGGUGCAGAUAACGGGGGACGAGGAGGAGGAGGACGGAGCCGAUGGGGGGCUGCUGCUGGACGAGGAGGAGGAGGAAGAGGAGAUGGGUCUGGAGUGGGACGGCGAGGAGGAGACGGAGCCGCUGCCGCCCGCCCCGGGCCGUACGCCGGGCGGCGGCAGCAGCGGCGUCGGGGCUGCCCCGGGGGGCGCCGCGGCGGCUGCCCCGGGGGGCGGCGGCGGCGGUGGCCCCGGGGGGGCGGCGGAGGACGCGGAGCUGGAGGCGGCUCUACUGCUGCAGCGGCCGGAGCGGGCGCGGCUGAGCGAGAACACGCGGCUGGCCACCCGCUACGCCGUGCGCAUCUUCCGCGAGUACCUGAGCGAGAAGGCGCAGAGCCCCGACUUCGAGACGAUGGACAAGGGGGCGCUCUGCCGGGUCCUGCGCUCCUUCUACGCCGAGGCGCGCUCCAAGAGCGGGCAGCUCUACUCCAAGUCCUCCCUCAUCAGCAUCCGCAGCUCCCUCAACCGCUACCUCAAUGAGCCGCCCUACUGCCGCACCCUCGACCUCACCAAGGACCCCGAGCUCCGCGCCGCCAACCUCACCCUGGCUGCUGUCAUCCGCAAGCUGGAGGAGCAGGGCGCCGGGCCGGUGGUGCAGAAGCAGGCCAUCACCCGCGCCGACCUCCGCAAGCUCUACACGUGCAGCGUCUUCAGCACCCAGAGCCCCUUCGGGCUCCUCAACAAGGUCUGGUUUGAGACCUGCAUGUACUUCUGCACCCGGGGCCGGGAGAACCAGCGGGAGCUGGAGGAGGACUCCUUUGGGCUGGCUGUGGAUGAGGACGGACGCAAGUUCGUCUACUUCAAGGCGCUGGGGCCCUACCACAAGUCACGCUCAUCCUCAUGGAGCAAGAAGCGGGCAGAGAGCAGCGAUGAGGAGAACCUGCCCCGCAUGUAUGAGACUGGCACAGAGUUCUGCCCCUAUGCCAGCUUUGUCAAGUACCUCUCCAAACGCAACCCCCUCUGCAAGGCCUUCUUCCAGCGCCCACGGGACCACUGCAGUGAGGGUGACAUAACCUGGUACGAGAACAAGGCCAUUGGGAAGAACCUCCUGGGUACCCGCAUGCAGAUGCUCUCCAAGGCGGCCAAGCUUUCCAAGACCUACACCAACCACUGCAUUGGUGCCGUCUCCAUUGCCACUCUCAACAGUAUUGCUGGCAUUGGCACCAAGCUGGGAGGACUGCAGCCACCCCACCACCACCCCUCUCCCCAUCACCACCACCUCCUCCACCCCGCUGGCGGGGGCUGCUACACCCCUUCUGCCCUCAAUGGUGGACCACGGCCCCGGCCGCCCACUGCCAACCCUUAUGUGCUGCCCAAAGAUGGUGAUGCUGCGCCAGUGAAAGCAGAAGCGGCCGCGGUGGCCCCGGCCAAGCGGGCGCUCUACGAGGCGGUGUUCCCAGCGGGGGCUGCGGCCGGCGGUGACGCAUGCGGGCCCUCUGCCUCCCCCAAAAGACUCUGCCGCCGCCCCGCUGAGCCCCUGGACGCCACUGCGCCCGCCGUGGUGGUGGUCUCAGUGAAACAUGACCCCUUGCCUCACCUCCUCCCCGAAGCAAAUGGGCACAGAAGCACCACCUCACCCACAGUAGUUUCACCUGCUAUUGUUUCCCCCACACAGGACAGUCGGCCCAAUAUGUCAAGACCUCUGAUCACUAGAUCCCCUGCAUCUCCAUUGAACAAUCAAGGCAUCCCCACUCCAGCACAGCUCACAAAAUCCAACGCACCAGUUCACAUUGAUGUGGGUGGGCACAUGUAUACCAGCAGCUUGGCCACGCUUACAAAAUAUCCCGAUUCCAGAAUUGGCCGGCUUUUUGAUGGCACAGAGCCCAUUGUCCUCGACAGUCUCAAGCAGCAUUAUUUCAUUGACAGAGAUGGGCAGAUGUUCAGAUAUAUCUUGAAUUUCUUAAGGACAUCGAAACUCCUCAUUCCUGAUGAUUUCAAGGACUACAGUUUGUUAUAUGAAGAAGCGAAGUAUUUCCAGCUUCAGCCCAUGCUGGGAGAGAUGGAAAGGUGGAAACAGGACCGGGAGAGUGGCCGCUUCACAAAGUCUUGUGAGUGCCUGGUGGUGCGGGUUGCCCCAGAUCUUGGAGAGAGGAUUACACUGAGUGGCGAUAAGUCAUUGAUAGAAGAAGUGUUUCCAGAAAUCGGCGAUGUGAUGUGUAAUUCUGUCAACGCCGGCUGGAAUCACGACUCAACGCAUGUCAUCCGAUUUCCACUGAACGGAUACUGUCACCUCAACUCAGUUCAGGUACUUGAGAGGUUACAGCAAAGAGGGUUUGAGAUUGUUGGCUCAUGUGGAGGUGGGGUGGACUCUUCCCAAUUCAGUGAAUACGUACUGAGACGAGAACUCAGAAGGACAUCUCGUGCACCCUCUGUCAUUCGAAUAAAGCAAGAGCCUCUGGACUAAAAUGGACAUGUUUCUUUAUGCAGAAAAAAAAAAAAAAAGAAGAAAGCAAAGAGGAAAACAAAAGGGGACAUUUCAUGUGCAGUUUGGACUCCAAACAAGUCCUGGAACUAAAAUUGAAUAAAAGACACAUUUAUAUCGAAUAUAGAGACCACACCUGAAUUCAUAUGGGAACACUUGGAAUAGUAGUGAUAAUAAUAAUAACCUCAAGAUAUAAAAGAAAACACACACACAUAAAAAAUAUGUAUGUAUAUGUAUGUCUGUACAUAUAUAUAUGUAUGUAUAUGUCAAGGGGUAGGAAAUGCAAUGAAAAAAAAGUGGUAGAUGAGGUUGGUGCUGUGAUGGCCAUUAAGUGUCCUAGGCCCUACCCGGGCCCACUUAACGGUGUACAAGCCAUUGCCAUGGGGGGUUCAUAGACUACUCUUCACCCAUUUUCCAUUGCCAAACAGCCAUCCACUUUUUAAUGUGUACACACCUUGAUUCAACUUUAUUUGCAUAUGGAGGUUUAUGUCUGUCUUUUUUAGAGGUGGUUGGGCAGGUGUUCAGGAGAUGACCAUCCAUGGCACUGGAAAGCUUGUCAACUGAAUUUUAAAUGUAGUUUGUACAGAAGUCGCACACUUUUUGUCUGCCCUCACAGAUGUGAAAGGUUAACUUUUCUUUUGAAUUAGUUUUUUUGUUGUUUUUUGUUUUGUGUUUUUCAAAGGGGGCCAGAAUAAUUAAUAUUUGGUAGAGAUGCUCUGGUUUGAAUCUGCUGCUUUCCUACAAUUUUUUCAAAUUUUAUAAUGUAUUAAAUACAAUAAACUCCUGUUUAAAAGAACAA